CUUCCUUAUCGCUCCUUCCUGAUCAAAGCAACACACAUCUUAUCACACAGGAUAAACAUGAGCGGAUGCAACGGCACCCUAGGACGGCUCCGUGUCCCGGUUUCGGAGAAAACGUCACCUUGCCACGUCGGCCAAACCCGCGUGCGAGAGUCGAGACGCCAGCGACCGCACAUUGCUUCUACCCAUCCCAUCAAAACAGAGAGCAUUCCGGAAGGGCUAAUGUCGCACAGUUCGGCCGUGUUGGGUUCCCGAGCAAUAGUAGUAGCUGUUUACCAGAUAAGGGGUGGGAUGCAUCGAGAUAAGCGGAUGUCCUGCGAAAGCGAGAGCGAGCGAGAGCAGGCGAGCACGGCUGAGAGUAUCUUGUCGCCCGGGAGAGCAGCCGCACGAAAGCUCAUCGUGUCGUCCUUUGCCCUGUCGAAAAAGCACACGCAGCAACCGCGCGGUGGCUGUGGCGGGCCCGAUCUUGCACGGGUUCGAACGAACUCGCGUUCAGUUACGGUGAGCAGCUCGUGCGAUACGGACCAGACUACGGGGCUUUCGUCGAGUGUCGUGCGCGUCCUGCGAGUGUCCUGACUGGCUGGCUGGCUGGCUGCUGUUGCUGCUGCUGCUGCGGCCCUGCUUUAGUACCUGCUUACCAGCGCCAUCGUCUACCCAGUGGGACGUCCAGUUUGAGCGAGUUUGUGUUUGUGUGUGUGUGUUUGAGUGCGUUUAGUGUGAGGUUGCGUUGAAUAAACAGGCUCCAGCAGGAGCCGUUUCACGGGCAGAUUUCGCCCGCUCCAUCUGCGCUCGGAUUUACAUCCCUUCGCACCCGUGAGCACCCGUGCCCGCAGUUGGUGGAUUUUGAGCAGGGAGUGAUGUUUAAUUGAAUUACCCUAUCAGCACAGUCGCACACGGGUUCGGGUUUUAGUUCGGUGCCUCUGCCUCCGCUACCAACAGUUGGUUCCGUGGAAGUGUGGGAGCUUCCGGGAGAGGGUGGGCAAGGUUAAGAUUUACGACCGUGCUGGGAGGAACAAGGGGCGAUUCCACCCUGUUUCGUUCCCUUGACCGCGUGCGUAUGUGUGAUAGUGCUUGAUGGUGUUUGUACGAUCAUUGGUGAGUGCGCUAGUUUUGAGGUGAGCAGCAAAACAGAAAAUUGAAACGUGUGCACAAAAGCGUUUUUCCAUUUUGAUUUCAUUACAAUUCCAUUUCCAUCGCGCGAGUGUAUGUGUGUGUGUGAGUGAGUGUAUGUAUGAGUGAGCUGGCCCGUUCAAUGUGUAUACACGUACUGCUCGUGUGAAAAAGCAGUAAAGGGGGAAAAGCACAGCCUCCUGUACUCGCACGUGGCUGCCACACCGUGCCACGUGGAGGGAAAAGUUGUCCCCAUUAGUGUCAGCGCCAGCAAACGCAAUACAGAACCCAUUUAUCCCGGAGCAUUUUGCGAAGGACGACGGCACAGGGCAGCGUUCAGGUGCCGGCUAUAAAUAUGCAAACUCCGCUACUGCUAAUGUCCGGAUGAACGCAACUCGAACGCGCUCCCAUGACAACGGUGCGCCAUUUGCACUAACGAUCCCCGACACUGGCACCAUGGUAAUGAGCUGAUCAUUCAGUAGCACUAAUUAAAUAAUGCAACACUAGGAGCGCACCAGUGCAGCGGGGUCUGUGCAGCGGUACAGGUACCAGCGUCGAUGCCACCCAGCUUGAAUCGCCCGUGUUCGCUCGUGCUGUGUGCGCCCAAAGUGAGCUAAUUUAUCAUUGACCGCGGAACAAAGCGGGCGCGGAGGCGAAAACAAAGCGAAGGCAAAAAAGGAACACAUAUCAAACGAUAUUUCGUGCUGGUGCUGGAGACAGAGCGGACACACAGACACACACACACACACGGCACACGAGUGGGGUAUGAAAAUCGCUACCCCCUACCGCCGGGGGUUUGCACUGCUGGGCUCAGCGGGCCAGGAACGGCUUCGAGACGUGCGCUAGCGGGCCGAGAGCGAACCAAUGGUCACCCACAGGAAGCCACCGUUCUACCGCAUGUGCAACGACGCCACCCAACGACGACUGCCGAUCUUUGCAGUGCUCUUCCUCAAUUUGUUCAUUGAUCUUACCACUAUCGAUGGUCACGUCCUUCCGCGUCCUCUAGCCACCAGUACCGUCACUACCUUCACGACCUCAACGUCCAUUCCCAGCACUACCAGCAUCAGCAGCACCACCACCACCACUGGCAGCACUGCAGGCGAGCGUAACUUUUCCACUGCUGGCAGCAAUACCGCGGGCACGAGUGUCACACCAUCUCUUCCAUCCCGCUCGGUACCGUUCGAUCUUUCCACCCUGACCAACAUCGCGCCAUUUGGUACGCGCACAAGUGCUACGAAUUUCUCCACUGAAUCAAACGUGCGCGCCAAUCAGCAUACCGGAACCGUGCCGUACGGUGAGAGCGAGGUGAACAACACUGCCGGCGGUAGGGUUUUGGUGGUCGUACCUGACAACUUUGCCAUCGGGCAGCUUCGCCAAGGAUUUCGAAACUUUGUCACACUGCUCCAAUCGAACCGGCCACCUGUGCCGAGCGACCGGAUCGACCAGAACGGUACACUGCUCGACAGUCUGAUCCAGUUCCGCCCCUGGCGAGAUAUGGUUGCGUUCGAGCGCUGGCUGGAGGAUCCCGCCUUCGCGACCGUGCUCUACAUGUCCGACGAAGGUGACAGCUUCAUUGGAUACUGUGACAGCCUUUCGACACACUUGUCAGCCAUCUACCGGAAGUCGGUGCUCUUCUGGCCGUGCCCGCGCAUGAAGGCGACGGAAAAGUUCAUUCCCUCUUACGAAACAGUUUCGUUCGCCGUGAAAAGCAUCGCGCAGCAGCUUAAUUGGACCGAAGCGGUCCUGCUAGCGACAGACGCUAACCGAGCGCUAUCGCUAGCGCUGGCCAGCAAUCUACACAUACCGUACACGAUAGCAAUGGAUGCGACCAGCAUUCCGUCCUCCUUCAACGAUAGCAAUGGAAAAGUGGUAAUCAUCUGUUCGUCCAUCAACUCCCCACAAACAAUCAGCGUAAUCAAUCAACUUAAGCAGUACAGCAGGACGAAAAUUCUGCUCCUCGACCUGGUCGGCACGAUUUUCAACAGCAACAACGUGCUGUACCGCCGGCUGGCCGAGAACGGUGCAGAACCGUUCGGCGAAGUGCUGCGCCACCGCCGCAACCUGCUCGUGCUGACAAUACUGACCGAAAAGUUUCGCUCCUUCCUGCACCGGCUGCACGGCGUCGAUCUCGGCGACUACAAACAUAUCAGCGAGAAUUUGCUGAAAAUACGGCUGAUGGACGACAAGCUCCCGCGGGACACCGGCAACGACGACGAUGGCGACGGUGCUGAUGGCUUCAACGCUACGACGGACGAUGCUGCAGCGCCCAGCGCGUACGGCGAUGAGCAGCCAGCGCCCGUGCCGGACCUCCCACCGCUUCUACCCCCUCACCCGCCCGAGAUGCUGCUCGAGCUGCUCAGCCUCGCCACGAACGGGACGAACGCGUCGGAAAGCUGCGACUUCCACUACCUGCUCACGCAAGUCGCCAACUGGUACGAAAUUCUCGCCCAAACGUUCGACACCGCCCGCUGCCAGACACUGUUCGGGAGCUAUUGCGAAGCCGGCGCAGGCCACGGUGCGGACAGUGCCGGCGACCGCAACCUUCACCAUCCAUCAUCGUCGCCGGUGAACAAUGAAACCGACCGCGCACUGGCGAACCGAUCGCUAGAAGCAACCAUCGAUGAAAUAGAGCGUUUCUGUGACCUCUUUCUCGCAAGCUACGACCGACUGCUGGCUGACGAGUUGUCCACCAUCACCACCACCAGUAGCAGCAGCAGCACAGCAAACGCUUCCUGGAGUUGGGGCGCUGAAGCGACACAAUCACCGACCACCGAUCAUCUGCUCAUGUUCGGGGAGCACUUUUACUUCUUCGACUAUCUGCUGGCGGUGGCAGAGGAUGCCCAGGCACGGGACGGCCCCGGGUACGGGCACCACCGCAAGUUUCAGUUCGACUUUGUAGCGUUCGACUUCAAAAACAUCUCCCACCACCGGACGGCCGUGAUGUGGCGCCCGUUUCUCAUCCUGCAGCAGAGCCAGCUGCACCGGCACCAGUUCAGCAUGCAUCCCGUACCGCCCGGGUACGCCGACUGGGUCGUGGAGGCAACGCUCGAGACGAUCUGGAUCUGCGGUGUGCUGUGCUGGGCGAUUGUCGGGCUGGUCGGGCUUAUCGCCGUCGCGAUGAUCGUGGGAAGCAUCGUGUUCAGCAUUGCGGUGCGAAACUACAUCAUCAAGACGCGCCUCUCGAAGGGACCGAACAAAAUCGUGCUCUCCCCGUCGGAUUUUGUGUUCCCGGUGGAUAUGCGAAGGGUUGACGAGGGUAUCGAGGCGAUGCUGUGCUGCUGGCUCCAGCAGCUGCAGGAAUUCGGUGGCCCCGAGGUGGAAAAGCCAGAUCUGCUGAAGGGAUCGAUUGGGUCGCUCAAGAAUCUGGGACUUCCGGCACCGACCAAGCCAAGCUCGGGCAGUGAAACGCUAAUACGGCACAGCACCGCAGCCAUCGAUCAUAAAGCACGGUAUAAUGGUGAUUUAGUGCAGUUGAAGGAAAUCCCAUCGAGCUCGGCAUCCCACGAGCUGAAAACGAAGGCAAUGGACUUGCUCGUGAUGGCGCACGGUUUACGACACGAAAACAUAAAUCCUCUAAUCGGCUGGCUCAACGAACCAAGCCGCACCGCACUCGUGUUCGAGCACUGUUCGCGCGGCUCCCUCCAGGACGUGCUCAUCAUGGACGAGAUCAAGCUGGACUGGUCGUUCCGGUUAAGCUUGCUGACGGACCUGGUGCGCGGCAUGCGCUACCUGCACGCCUCUCCGCUCCGCGUGCACGGUUCGCUCUCGUCGCGCAACUGCGUCGUGGACGCCCGCUGGGUGCUGAAAAUUACCGACUACGGCAUGCUGAGCUUCUACGAGGCGCAGGGCAUUGCGCCGGCACCACGCAACGCGAAGGAGCUGCUCUGGACCGCACCGGAAGCGCUGCGCGACUCCAGGACCUACCCCAAGGCGGGCACGCAACCGGCCGACGUGUACGCGUUCGGCAUCAUCAUGCAGGAGGUGGUGGUGCGGGGCGAACCGUACUGUAUGCUUUCGCUCACGCCGGACGAAAUCAUUGCGAAGAUCAAGAAACCACCGCCCCUGAUACGGCCCUCGGUAUCGAAGGGUGCUGCUCCGCCGGAAGCGAUCAACAUUAUGCGCCAGUGCUGGGCCGAGAAUCCCGAAAUGAGGCCUGAUUUCGCCACCAUCUGCGAGCGCUUCAAGCAGUUAAAUCACGGCCGGAAGGUAAACUUUGUAGAUACGAUGUUCCAAAUGCUGGAAAAGUAUUCCAACAACCUCGAGGAGCUGAUCCGCGAGCGGACGGAGCUGCUAGACAUAGAGCGGAAAAAGACUGAACAGCUGCUGAACAGAAUGUUGCCAAGCUCGGUGGCGGAAAAGCUCAAGCUCGGACUGGCGGUCGAGCCGGAAGAGUUUGCGGAGGUGACGAUCUACUUUAGCGACAUCGUGGGCUUCACCACGAUAGCGGCCCACUGCACGCCGGUCCAGGUCGUCGAUCUGCUGAACGAUCUGUACACCUGCUUCGACGCGACCAUCAACGCGUACAACGUGUACAAGGUGGAAACGAUCGGCGACGCGUACAUGGUGGUGAGCGGGCUGCCCGUCCGAACGCCCGACCAUGCCGAACAGAUCGCUACGAUGGCGCUGGAUCUGCUGUCCCAAAGUGGCCACUUUAAGGUGCGCCACCUGCCGGGCGUUCCGUUGCAGCUGCGGAUUGGGCUGCACACCGGUCCCUGCUGUGCCGGUGUCGUUGGGCUAACGAUGCCAAGGUACUGUCUCUUCGGUGACACGGUCAACACGGCGUCCCGGAUGGAAUCAACAGGCUCAUCCUGGAGGAUUCACAUGUCCCAGCAGACGUGCAAUUUGCUGGAGAAAGCCGGCGGAUACGUAAUCGAGCCCCGGGGGCCUAUCGAAAUCAAGGGCAAAGGCAAGAUGCACACGUACUGGCUGCUGGGAAAGAAGGGCUUCGACAAGGCACUGCCCCCGCCGCCACCGAUCGGGGAAUCGCACGGGCUUGAUGUGGCAAUCCUGAAGCAUUCCCUCUUCCAGUCGCAGCAGAACCACGGUGCCAAAAUCAAUAACGCCUCCAUCCAGAGCAACACCUGCUCGACGGCGAACCACUCGUCCAGCCAUUCGCCCUCGGUCGCGGGCGAGUCGAUCGAUGUGAAGGUGGAAAUAACGCCACCCGUACCGCCCAGCCUCGACCCCGGUCAGCAGCAGCAACCGGGCCAAGACACGGCAGCCGUCCUCUCGACCUCGUUCUCCAUCGAGUCGAGCUCGAGCAACAACACGUUCACGCUUAACCUUGGCGAGUUUGGGCAGCCGAAAGCGUCCCCACUGCCCAGCCCGCAGGCCCGCAAGCUGUCCGAGGUCAUCGCGGACGGGUCGUUCCUGAGUGCGGGCGCGACCUUUGACCGCCUCAACCCGUCGCCAUCGUCCGCGUCCGCCAGCUCGACCCGCCUGUUCAAGCGCAUCGAGGAGCUGAUCGACCUCAGCUCGCCGUACAACUACUACAAGUGCUUAAGCCCGAGCGAGAACAAUCUGUCCCAGUGCACGGAGUCCCGGUACGGCAGCUACCAGCUGCGCUCGGACAGCUGCUCGAGCAAGCCCGGCUCGACGCGCUUCCUGCGGCGCCAGUUCAGCCUGGACAAGGACGACGUGGGCCCGUCGUCAGGGGGCCACGGGGCGGCGACACUCAGCGCCAAGGCAACGCUCGACACGAUCUCGUCCAUCUCGGUCGACCGGGAGCAGCUGGCGCGGAUGGGUACGCUCACCUCGAUCCCGUCGAUCAGCUCGACCAACUCGGCGACGCUGCCGGGCGGCGGGCAGAAGCAGCGCAGCCUCGCAAUGCACCGCCAGCAGUCGGCCAGCGUUGCGCAGGAUUUGGAGAAGAUCGAAGAGAUCCCGCUGUCACCGCAGUCGUUCAUCAUCAAUCAUACCGGUGGUGGUGGCGGUGGAGGCAGCAGCAGCACGUCCAGCCUGCAGUCGGAGGUGAACGAACGGGGGCGAUCGUUCCGGAAUGGGGCGAGCACGGCACCGAACGGGCACAGCGGGAAGGAGCUGCGGCUCAGCGUGGAAGCGCUCGGGCUUCGGUGAGUGCACCAGGUCAGUACGGUGUCGUUGCUGUAACGGGCGCCGCGGGACGGGUGAAAAAACAAAAACAAAACAAAACUUUGACUGAACUACAACAAACGGCAGACAAGUAAGCACUCACACACACAUUCGCUCUCUACCAUGUAAGCUACGUAGGUCGAAGAGGGAGGGAUGAAGCUCGCGCAAGGUGGCCACGGAUGUUACCCGUGAGCGCUAGAUAGAUAUUAUUUACACUGUAUACGGUGCCAAGCGCUAGCACGUGUUCAAGCAUGCGGCU